UAGCCAGACGCGCAUACCAGUUUGCGGGUGUGUCUUUACAGGUAAAGUAUGACACAGAGUAGAGUUAAAUGAAAUCUGCUACGGUAGAUAGUUUUGUAAUAGGUUUUAUAAUAACUGUAGAAGUUUAGAGACCUCAAUCUAAAAAAGAAAAUUAAUUUCACUAGUCAAGAACCUUUUAGAAUUCAUACACUGACAAGAUUUUUCAAUUCUUUCUUGGAUAGAGGUCAGUAAAAUUGUACAGUUGUUAUAAAAAGUUAUUAUUUUAGAAAACAGAUCAAUUUGUAUUGUGCAAAAUGUUAUUAAAAUGGAAAAUGAUGAUUGUUACUUAUUAGUAAAGCCUUUUGAAGUAAUCGAAAAUUUUUUUGAGAGUCCUCGUGCUUCUACAUCAAUUGGUCAUAUACUGUGUUCGCAGUUAUCUUCUCAAAUUUCUCUCGUUAAGCUUGAUAAGGUGGUAGCUAAAUGUUUUAGAAUGCCAUACUGGGCAGAACUUCCGACAAAAGAUGUAGUUCGUGAUUUUCAUAUCGUAGUUAGUUUGUGGUCUUCGCAUGAAACACUCGCUUAGUUUAAUUUCUUUUAGUAUUUAUAUCAAUUUUUCUUAUUUAAUAUUUUUUCAGAUUACUAAUAUUAUUAGUAGUAGUAAGAUUAUUGCAAUCAUUGUCUCUUAAUUUUAACUGUAUUAAUUAUUGUAAUUUAAUUACUUAGAUGAGUCUCAACAAAAAUCAAGGAGCACUGGAUCCUCGCAUUGCAGACCAAAAUCUGAUGCGGAAAAUGGCUUCGCUGAAAUCUUUUUCCACCAGCAGCUCAAGGAAGCAGAGUGGAAAUCAGCAGCUGCCUCCACGACCACUGCCUCGCUCUGAUUCUAGGGCACACAAAACACCUGCACAAAAACCCGACAACCAUCCAUACACAGCAACCCAAUCACAAACACCACCACAGAAGACACCUACAACAUACAACCGAACACCGCAUACAGUCACGAAACAAUCACUAAAUUAUCUACAAACACACAAACAACAGCUACCAAACGUUGCACAAACACAGAACGUACAACGCACACAAACAACAUUACAAGAACUCUCGACACAGACACACAAUCCAUCACACGUACAGCAAUUUCAUCGACGUUUUGUUUCAGAUGUAGUUGGUGCAGUAGAUGGUUCUGAAUUUAUUCCGACAAGAAAAUCAUCCCUUCCACUUGCUUCAGGACCAUCAGUAUCUUCAGCUUCAGCCCAGCUUGCAGCUCCAGAGAAAAACUUAAUCUACGACGCGCUUCUCAGAAUUGAGGAAAAAAUGACGUUGUUCGAUACAAGGCUACAAAACCUCGAAGAACUUGCAACCAAAAUCUAUACAAUGACGAAACGAGAGACGAAGAAGAAGAGCAUGGUUAGAAAAGAUCGUCCGGCAUUUCUUCCGUUCUCGACAAAAGAAGAUCUUCUUUUCUUCGAUGAUGCGUCGGAAGACGACUACAAUGCUUUUGUAAGUCAUUUUAUUGAUUAUAAUAAUUUAGAUAGUUUUGCAAUACUUUUUAUAAUAACUGUACAAUUUUAGAGACCUCUAUCCAAAAAAGAAUUGAAAAAGCCUGUCAAUGUAUGAAUUCUAAAAGGUUCUUGACUAGUGAAAUUAAUUUUCUUUUAUAGAUUGAGGUCUCUAAAAUUUUACAGUUAUUAUAAAACCUAUUACAAAACUAUCUACCGUAGCAGAUUUCAUUUAACUCUACUCUGUGUCAUACUUUACCUGCAAAGACAUACCCGCCAAGUGGUACUGCGCGUCUGGCUAUAUAGGUAAACAGUGACCCAGGGUAGAGUUAAAUGAAAUCUGCUUCGACAGAAAGUUUAGCAAUACUUUUUAUAAUAACUGUACAAUUUUAAAGACCUCUAUCCAACAAAAGAAUUGA